GCCGAACAGAGCGGGUACCAUUUGGUGCUAGUUGCGGGGAGGCGAGAGCGUAGCAGCCAUCACGGCAAAGAGUGAAGCCUGCGUUGCUUGGUAGGUAAUCGUUCCGGCCAGGGAUCGGAAGGAAGAGAUGACCUUAGACGAGUUACAAUCACAGUCCCAGUCCCCGGCUCCGUCCCCGUCCCCAUCCUCCAGCAGUGAUGAUUUUGCCGCUUUGCUUGACGCUGAGCUCCUUGGAGACAGACAAUUAAGCGCUGAGCUGCUGAAGAAUGGGGAUUUGGUCCUGCCGGAACAGGACGAUGGUGACAACUCUUCUGAUUUAGAGGAGGGUACUAGUGAAAAUGGCAGUGUAGAAGAGGACGCGGAUUCUGUUGUUGAAAGCGAGGACCAUGCUGAUGACAAUCACCUGGAUGUCGAAAGUGAUAUGCUUGCACCGGAGGGAUUAAGCUCCGACGAUAAUCGGAAAAGGAGACGCGGAGCCGAAGCUGAAUUACCCGCUGGUUUAGAGUUGCCAAGUGCUCCAGGAGAAAUGGUGAACAGUAAUAAAUGCCCGCCACACCCAGGGUUUAUAUGGGAUGUUUGCAUUCGAUGUGGGAAGAGAAAAUCUACAGCACCAAGUAAUGAUCCGGUCAUAGAUCGAGUAGGGCUUCGAUAUAUCCACGAGGGCUUGGAAGUUUCAGAACUGGAAGCAGCACGAGUGCGCAACGCUGAGCUCAGGCGGGUCACUGGGAAACAGAAAUUACUGCUUGUUGUCGAUUUGGAUCAUACGAUGCUCAAUUCCGCGCGUUUUUCAGAAGUACCUGCAGAGGAAAGAAUUUACUUGUCAACAACUUACCUUCGGCCCAAUUCAACCAAUUGCAGUGCAGCUACUGUUGGUCAGCAGCAUGGCAGAGUAAGCAGUUUACAUCAGUUGACUAAGUUAGGGAUGUGGACAAAGUUGAGGCCAUUUGCUCAUAAAUUUUUGGAGGAGGCUAGCAAGUUGUACGAGAUGUAUGUUUACACUAUGGGUGAGAAGAUAUAUGCACAGGCUAUGGCAGAAUUACUGGAUCCCACUGGUCAACUCUUUGGAGGUCGUAUUAUUUCGCAAACUGAUAGUACCAAGCGACACACCAAAGAUCUUGAUGUCGUUCUUGGCGCAGAGUCAGCAGUCGUGAUUCUUGACGACACAGAAGCGGUAUGGCCAAACCACAGGUCAAAUUUGAUCUUGAUGGAACGGUACCAUUUUUUCACGUCAAGUUGCCACCAGUUUCGUGUCAGGGCGCCUUCUUUGGCGCAAAUGCACAGAGAUGAAUGCGAAAUCGAUGGCACUCUUGCAACUACUCUAAAAACAUUGCAAGCCAUUCAUCACGAGUUCUUCAAUGGACAUAAGGGAAAGAGUAUGAAGCGGAGGCCCCCAUUGGAAUUGCCGGAUGUUCGAGAUGUCAUUCGUUCAAUUCGUGGUAAAUUACUCUCAGGUUGCCACAUUGUAUUUAGUAGGAUCUUCCCCACAGGACUUCAAAAUCCCGAGUUUCAUCCAUUCUGGCAGUUAGCGGUGGAGUUAGGUGCUCGGUGCAGCACGGUGUGUGACCACACAACCACACAUGUGGUUGCUUUAGACCGAGGAACAGACAAAGCUCGGUGGGCAAAGCAGCAUGGGAUUUCUCUAGUUCACCCCAGAUGGGUCGAAGCGGCAUCAUAUUUAUGGAAGCGUCCUCGUGAGAAAGAUUUUCCUGUUACUGAUGAUGCUUCAGCACUAAUCUCGACAACAUUUUCAAAAAACAUUUCGGUGGAGCCUAUAUCGAUAGAAGCCAAUUAUGCUGAGGUGGAAUUAGCGAAUGCUAUGGAUGCCGACAAGAAAAAGAUAGUGUCUACGAUUGAAAAGCGAAGUCAAGAUUUUGGACCCAUCCCUCCCGAUUCUGCAGUUGAGGGGAGCUGAAUUGCCUGUAGUACAUGUAACUGGAUCAAGGAUCACCUUUCUAAGUCAUAUGAUGAUUUUAACCUUCGAGUUGACGACGUUUUAGAAGAUAAUUCAGGCAUGGUCCUCACAAAGCGACUCAGUGUUGCAGAAGCUGUCGCGAUCGAGGAACAGAAGCAGCAAGCUUAAGUUGUAGAAAACAGAGAUUAAUGGUUGUAUGAUUUAUGCCAAUCCUUGGCGGCUGUUCAGGUUCAAUUGCAACACCACCAUCCAAAAAUCUCUAGGCUUUCCCAUUCCAUCACAUGGACGUGUGAAAUGACAUUGCUGUACAUAGUUUGACUAAAUUGGCUUUUGGCCAUUUUCGGAUUUUACACGUCUUUCAACUCAUGCUAGCAAAGGAAUGCAUAUUUUUGUAGGUAAUGCUGGAAUAUUAGUGGGGAGUACAUUUAAACUUUUAUUGACAGCUCUUUUAACGUGCCAGUUAAAAGAUGAGAAGUGUUGAGACCUGUGCUCCAUUAUUUUGAUUAUGAUAUUUGAAAACAUAUUUAUACUCCUA